CAGAAACACAACUUGUAGAAUUGUGUGGUUGCCAUUUUUAAUGAUAACGAUAAUGUGUUUGCGCUUGAGGAUCUUCUCUGAUUCACAGAUGUGUUGUACUCCCCGAACAGAAAAAUGGUUGGGAAGUCCCUGAUUGCUGGCGUGGUGGUCCUUUUAGUGGCUGCAGUGAGCCUUUUUCUCGGGGUAUUCAUGGCUUUUGGAAAGAAAAACACACCUCCUUCCUCAGACCACUUCUACUCAAAGGCGGCAGUGGCAGCUGAUGCUGGAAAGUGUUCAGAAGUAGGGAGGGACAUUUUGAAGAAAAAUGGUUCAGCUGUGGAUGCCUCCAUUGCCGCUUUACUAUGUGUUGGCCUUUUGAAUGCCCACAGCAUGGGCAUCGGAGGAGGGCUCUUUUUUGUCAUCUACAAUGCUUCCACAGGGAAAGUGGAAACAAUUGAUGCAAGGGAAACAGCACCUAUGAAUGCCACAGAAGACAUGUUUGGCAACAACACAAAGCUUUCUCGCACAGGCGGAUUGUCUAUAGCCAUUCCAGGGGAGAUCCGGGGCUAUGAGAUGGCGCACAAAAGACAUGGAAGACUUCCAUGGAAGGAGUUGUUUGAGCCUAGCAUUGCUUUGGCUCGUGAUGGUUUUCCUAUAGGAAAAGCCUUGGCUCAUGCCCUCUUUAAGAGCAAAGAUUCUAUUCAAAGGAAUGCCAACAUGUGUGAGGUGUUUUGUGAUUCUGAAAACAACAUCUUGAAGGAGAAUGAUAUUAUUAGGUUCCCAAAGCUCGCUGACACAUAUCAGAGAAUAGCAGAAGAAGGACCUGAUGUGUUUUAUAAUGGGACAAUGGCGAGGAGCAUCGUCGAGGACAUCCAGGCAGAAGGUGGCAUUAUAACCCUUGAUGAUUUGCUGGAGUACCAGCCGGUGCUGAAUGAGAACCCUCUUAAGCUGAAUAUUGGGGAGUACACCAUACACAUCCCGGACGCCCCUUCCAGUGGGCCGGUGUUGGCGCUCAUACUCAACAUAGUGGACGGGUACAAUUUCUCAGACACAAGUGUCUCUACAGCAGAAAAAAAGACUCUGACGUACCAUCGGAUUGUAGAGGCCUUUCGAUUUGCAUAUGCCAAGAGGAGCAGACUGGGGGACCCAAGAUAUCUCAACAUUACUGAUCUGAUCCAAAACAUGACCUCAGACUACUUUGCUGAUGGCAUAAGGAAUAAAAUAACAGAUGACACCACUCAUCCAGACACCUACUAUGAGCCUGACUAUUUUGUCCCAGAAAACCAUGGCACAGCACAUCUGUCUGUUAUAGCUGAGGAUGGGAGCGCCGUUGCAGCCACCAGUACCAUUAAUUUAUACUUUGGGUCUAAAGUAAUGUCUCGAUCUACUGGAAUCAUUUUUAACGAUGAAAUGGACGAUUUCAGCUCCCCAUACAUGACCAAUGGAUUUGGAAUCCCACCAUCACCCAACAACUUCAUCCAACCAGGAAAGAGGCCCCUCUCUUCAAUGUGUCCCACCAUUAUAUUUGACAAAGAAAACAGAGUGAAGAUGGUUGUAGGAGCCUCAGGAGGCACAAAAAUCACCACAGCUACUGCUUUAGUCAUCCUGAAUUCACUCUUCUUCAACUAUGACCUGAAGAAAGCUGUGAAGGAGCCACGAGUUCACAACCAGCUUAACCCAAACAUGACUGUGGUUGAGCAGGGCUUUGAAAAGAGCGUCUUGGAUGGUCUUGCCCAAAAAAAUCAUGUGACGCAGCUGCUGAGGACUCCAGACUCCGUGGUCCAGGCUGUGGUAAGGCUGGGAGAGCAUCUAUGUGCAGAGUCUGACCCAAGGAAAGGAGGCUACCCAGCUGGAUACUGAACUUCCCUUCAUAUUCCUUUGUCACCCUCCCUGUGGAAACGAUUUCCUCAAAGACAUUCAGAUAGAAACACGGUUAAAAGGAGUUGACACUGAAGACCCCAGCUAUGUUUUAGAUACAGAGACACAGCCAACACUCGUUUCUGUUGUCCAAACAUGGAAACUAUAUUUCAGUGCCUCUUUAGCUCAAACUCAAUAAGUCAAUGUAACAUGCUCUUAUCUUACAAUUUUAGUACGUUAGUGUUAAUUUAAAGCAAGAGGUUGCACUUUAACUUUUGCAUUAUCACUCAGAAAAAUAGACUGAGUAGGAAACCUCAUUUAUCAAAAACAUAUCCAAUUAAGGAAUCAUAAGCAGUUAAUGUUGGACAGCAUCCACAAUUGGAUUAGAUUUGCCACAAAUCCUGUUAUUUGAACAUUAAUCUAGAGAAUCUGGGGUGUUGUCUAUGAUUGUUGUGAGGAAACUAGUUAUUUCUUUGACAUUUCGUAUAAAAAAGAAAGGUUUGUUUUUGUCAGAUAAAGCUACCAAUAAAAAGCAGGAUGAGAAAGCAGGUAUGUCUUAUGUUCAAAACAACAAAAUUUGAGGUUUUUUGCCUUUUUAUUAACAGGAAGUCUGUGUUUUUUCUGAUGUUAAGUGGAAACAACAUGUUUUUUUCUAUCAGGAUAUUUCCCAUUUUUAAUGUUUAAUAUCGAGUUGAGGUCAAGUAAAUGUAAGGCGCAUUCUGAAAAAUGCAUUUGCAGAUAUAUUUUUCUAAACAUGCAUCGUUCUCAGGCCAUGUUUGUGGCAAGGCUUUAAAUAAACAUUUGGAGAAAAAAAACGUCAUUUUAUCAAAGACAUUGUGUCGUUUUGUACAGGAAUAAUUGACAGAAAAUCUCAUUUUGGUUGUAAUUUGUAUUAUGCAAAAUGAGACAUGCUAGAGGCCCCCAGGGUGAUUUUUAGACUAUAUUUUGCCUUAGAUUCGUGCAGCACUAGUACAACAUCAGUUUUGUGCAACUCCAAUAGAACAUUGUUAACUAUAAUCGGUUGCUUAUUUUUAUUUGAACUUUGUGUCUCAAAAGCGAUAUAAGCAACUUUUUGUGGGAUUCAUUUAAUUGUGUGAAUGCUUUUUAGCAUUCACUGCUUUCCUGCUCCAAGCUCGAUCGCUGCAGCUCCAUGGGUACUGUGACAGGCUGGCGAUCUGUCCAAGGUGUUUCCUGCCUUUGCCCAAUCGGGACAGUCUCUGGCAACUCAGUGGUGUGUGGUAGCGGAGUCUGGCCAACUCUCUCCAUACUGACUCUUUUGAAGUGGUCUUUUGACUGAGGUUUUGUGACUGUAGUAGAAAUUUCACCAGUGAUGUGUAGUUCAGAAGGACACACUGAAGAUGUAACAUUUAUGUUCUUGAUGUGACACAGACGUGUCCGAGCGUCCUGUGUGUGCAUGUGCAGGAGCCUUCCAUCUCUGACCAUCACCUUUUAUGUUGUCCAGGUACAGGACAGACCAAAGGUUUGGACACACCUUCCCAUUCCUUUGAAUGAGAAGGUGUGUUCAAACUUUUGGUCUGUACUGUAGAUGUUUUGUUAUAAAACUGUUUUGUGAAUUGUUCUUUAUUAGUUGUAACACAGACGUUUCUGAGAGAAUAAAACAUGGAAUUAAAGACAAACUGGAUUAA